CCUUUCCCCCAAAGUCUGGGGGGGUUGGAUGUGGGGGUCGGUGCAGGCUGGUGCCCAGCUGUGGGUGUGGGUUCCAGACUGUCUUGCCCUCCAGCACAGGCCCAGCCAUGAGAUCCAGGUGGCCAGCAGCACGGGGGGGUUCCCACAGCACAGACACGAUGGGGAGGCUACAGCUCCGACUCCCCCGCUGGGCUGGGGGCGAGGAAAGCAACCCCCCCCCCCAUGCCAAUGGAGCCAGGACGAGCCUGGAGCGGGUCUGCAAGGGGCUCAGGAAACACCUGGAGGACGGGGAGGAGAAGCUGCAGCGGAGAGCACACCUACGGCUGCAAGCUGCAGGCGGACGGGGGCUUCCGGCGGUACGGCUACGACGGGCGGGAUUUCCUCUCCUACGACACCCACACCCACACCUGGGUGGCCCCCAGCAAGGAGGCCGAGAUCACCAAGGGGAAGAUGGAGGCCGACAGCCACCUGAGCCAGCAGCAGCGGGACUAUCUGGAGCGGAAAUGUGUCGAGUGGCUGCAGAAAUACCUGGACUACGGGAAGGAGAUGCUGCAGAGGAGAGAGCCCCCAGUUGUGCGAGUCACCAGCAGAGAUGCCCCCGGCGGCCCCACCACCCUGUCUUGCCGGGCCCACGGCUUCUACCCCCGGGACAUCGCCGUGAGCUGGCUGCAAAACGGGGGGAGCAGCGAGCAGGAGACGUGGCGAGGGGGUGUCCUACCCAACGGGGACGGGACCUACCACACCUGGGCCACGGUGGAGAUCGACCCCCAGGAGAGAGGCCUGUACCACUGCCGUGUGGAGUACGAGAGCCUGGCCGAGCCGCUCGACACUGCGUGUGAGCCCCCGUCCCGCUCUGCCCUGCUCCCUGCGCUGAUUGGGGCCGUCGCUGUCGCUGCCCUGCUCGCUGGGGCAGUCGGGUUUGUUCUCUGGAGGAGGUGACGCUCAGCUGGCAACUGGGACUCCAGCUCCUCUCUGCAAGCCAGCGACAAAGAAUCCAGCAAAGGAUCUAUCAGGGGCAGCGACCCCGGGUAUGACACCGGCUCGCUAGGGUCGGAGGCCGUGGUGCAGCUGGUGGGGGACACGGGUGUGGGAGAGACCAAUCUCCCUCCAGAAGCUCAGCAGCUCCUCCCCGUGGGUGUUUCUGCCCCGCCCCACGACGGGGACCCCCCAGCAGGCAUCGUCUAGGCUGGAGUCACUCCUGGGGUCUCUCCCUGCCUCUGCCGCUGACUGCCCGUGUGACCUGGACUGAACCCCUCACCUUUUCCCUCUGCCUCAGGGCCCGGGCCCUGGGUGCGCCGCUCGGCGGCCUCGCGGGGCGCGGUGGGCUAAGUACCUGGGAUCUGUCAGACUUGCAGUGAAAGCUGCUGUGUGCGGCAAGGACUCUUUGAUUUCUGCAGAGCCGCAGUUCUCAACCAGGGAACAUGUACCCCUGGGGUACGCAGAGACCUGCCAGGGGGUACCUCAACGCGCUGGAUAUUUCCCUAGUUUUACAACAGGCUGCACAAAAAACACCAGCGAACUCCGUGCAAACUACAGUUUCAUACGAUGACUUGUUUCUAUUGCUCUGCAUAAUGAAAUGUUUCCAUUGCUCCGUGUAAUGUACGCUGACAUGUAAGUGCAAUGUUUAUACUCCAAUCGAUUUAACUUAUAAUUAUACGGUAAAAACGAGAAAGUCAGCCUUUGUCCAGUGAUCCAACCAUGGCGGGCCAAGCCAUAACCCCGACCCUCGCUGUGACACUUCUGUAGUUUUAUGUCUGAUUUUUAAGUAAGUAUUUUUAAGUGAGGUGAAACUUGGGGGACCCAAGACAAUCAGCCUUCAGAAAAGGGGACAGUCGUCUGGAAAGCGUGAGAGCCGUUGGACUAGAUCUAGUUGCAAUUCUCCAACAAAAGAUCUUCAAAAACAGACUCCAAGACACAGCAGAACUGGAAUUAAUUUGCAAACUGGAUGCCAUUAAAUUAGGCUUGAAUAAAGACUGGGAGUGGAUGGGU